AUCAGAGAUGAUUCACAUUAUGCAUCUCAUCCUCCUUCUCUCAGGACUCUUCAUGCUGUCUGCAUGUGCUCCUCGUCAGUAUCACUUUGUGGAUGUGAAUAAGAACUGGACUGAGGCACAGACAUACUGCAGAGUGCACUACACUGACCUGGCCACUCUUGACAGCCAAGAGGACAAAGAGGAGCUGAUUAAAACUGUUAAAGGAGAAGUCGAGCGUGUUUGGAUUGGACUGGAGAAGAGUGGUAAUAUGAGUUGGCAGUGGUCUCUGGGAGAUCCAGAAUUCUACAGAGAGGGAGAAAUGGACUUUACAUACUGGCACCCAAAUGAGCCAAAUAACCCGGAGACUGAAUUCUGUGCUUUGAUCAGAAGCGAUGAAAAAUGGAAUAAUAUGCCAUGUGAAACCCAACGUUAUGCUGUUUGUUAUGAUGGGGGACAUGUCAGCUGUGAGAGAUACAUAGCGAUUAAUGAGACCAAAACCUGGAGAGAAGCUCAGAGCUACUGCAGAGAACAUCAUACAGACCUGGUCAGUGUGAGGAACCAGACGGAGAAUGGCAUGAUACGGAGUUUGAUAAAGAACAGUAGCGAUACCUGGAUCGGCCUGUUCAGGGACUCAUGGAAAUGGUCAGAUCAGAGUAACUCCUCAUUCAGAAACUGGGCACCUGGACAACCUGACAAUGGCAAGCAUGAUAUGAACUGUACUGUCAUACAGGUAAACGGUAAAGACCAGGGACAGUGGCAUAACAUUUCAUGUGGCGAUGACAGGCCAUUUAUUUGCUAUGAAGACAAGCUGAUCCUGAUCAAUGAGACUCUGACCUGGAGUGAAGCUCUGAAUUACUGCAGAGAGCAUCACGUGGACCUGGUCUCAGUUCACUCAGAGAAGAUCCAAAACUGGGUGAUUAAGAGGGCUGAAAAGGCCUCCACUGCUCAUGUGUGGCUGGGCUUACGUUACAGCUGCACUCUGGGCUUCUGGUUUUGGGUGAGUGGACAAUCUUCCUGCUACCAGAACUGGGCUCCAGGGAAUGGAACUGGGCUGGAAGAAUGUGGGAAUGGGGGGAUUACAGGAGCAGUGGAGUCUGGAGGAAACAAAAAAUGGAUCAGCUUCUCAGAGACUGAAAGACUCAACUUCAUCUGCAGCAACUAUGAAGAAGGCUGAUCAGAGUGGAGAUCAGCUGGACCUUCUAACUUCAGGCUCCACGUCAGACGGGACCAGUGUGUGACUUUUAUGUUAAUUCAUAUCACCCUGAGCAGCAUACAGUUUAUUACUGUGUUUGUGUUUCUCUGAUUACUUGUGUUUAUUUGGUACACUUUUUUAAGGACUUGACUGAUUUAAAGUUAAAUUUCUUUGUUGUUGUUGUUUUUUUCAGAAUUUGAUUUGCAUACUGAUGUUGCAUAAUAGUACAUUAAUAACGUUGAUGUUGUACAAU